AUGUCAUUAAGUUAUAAAGUCAUUAAAUCAACAAGCCUAAUUAAUAUUGAUAAUUUGGGUAUAGAUGCUUUGUUUAUGUCUUCUGGCACUCCAUUGCACUAUGCUAUUGAGUAUUGUAAAAGUGCUGAAAUUAUCAAAUUAUUAAUAACUAAAGGAAAAGCUGAUGUGAAUGCUGUGGAUAAGUAUAAUGAAACUCCAUUACACAAUGCUUGUCGUUUUGGUGAAGCUGAUAUUGUCAAAUUAUUAAUAACUAAAGGAAAUGCUGAUGUGAAUGCUGUGGAUGAGAAGAACAGAACUCCAUUGUUUCAUGCUGUUGAGCGGAGUAGUGAAAUUGUUAAUAUUCUAUUAACUAAUGGAGCUAAAACUGAUGUUGUGGAUAAACAUGGUAACACUCCUCUGUUACUAGCAAUUGAAAAAGGUCGUCUAAGAUCAACUGAAGUUAUCAAAUUAUUAAUAACUAAAGGAAAUGCUGACGUGAAUGCUGUGGAUGAGUCUUAUGGCACUCCAUUGCACUCUGCUGUUGAACGCUAUAAAAGUGCUGAUAUUAUCAAAUUAUUAAUAACUAAAGGAAAAGCUGAUGUGAAUGCUGUGGAUGAGAAGAACAGAACUCCAUUGUUUCAUGCUGUUGAGCAGAGUAGUGAAAUUGUUAAUAUUCUAUUGACUAAUGGAGCUAAAACUGAUGUUAUGGGGGAGAACAGAACUCCAUUGUUUCAUGCUGUUGAGCGGAGUAGUGAAAUUGUUAAUAUUCUAUUAACUAAUGGAGCUAUAACUGAUGUUGUGGAUAAAUAUCGUAUCAAUCCUGAGCUAUCUAGAUCUGAAAUUGCUGAGUUAUUGAUUACUAAGAUGCCAAAGUAUGGUAACACUCCUCUGUUACUAGCAAUUGAAAAAGGUGAAUCAACUGAAGUUAUCAAAUUAUUGAUUACUAAAGGUCAAGCUGAUGUGACUGCUGCUUGUGAGAAAUAUUGUAUCAAUCCUGAGCUAUCUAGAUCUGAAAUUACUGAGUUAUUAAUCAUCACUAAGAUGCGAAAAUCAAUGUUCUCAUCAUUGCCAGAAAGUGAUGAAAUGUUAACAAAAUAUGAUGAUGAUACAAUGGUAACUCAGCUAAUAACCACAUCAAUGUCUUCAUCACUGCCACAAAGGAAACUGAAGUCAUCAAGUCACUAUGAUGAUGAGGUGUCUUCUGAGCUAGUAAGUAAAUAA